CUAAUUGAAGAGAACAUAAUUGAGGGAAAGGUGGGUCGAUAUGGCCACUGCCAGUACUGCUACUCCACUUUCCUCCAAUUCCCAUCGUCGUCUUCUUCUUCUUUCUCUUCUCUUCAUUCUGUGUUUCUCAUCAGAUAAGGGCUAUGCUCUGAGAGCUGGUGGAGAAGAAGAAGCUCUUCAAACUCACCACCACACAGUUCCACUCAGUUCUCUUCUCCCAGCUUCUACUUGCACCCCCUCCACCCAAGGAAAGAAGGGAAAGGCAUCAGUGAAAGUGGUUCACUGGCAUGGCCCAUGCUCUACUCUCAAACAGAAGGAAGCCACGGCUCCCACUCCGGCUCAGAUUCUGAGUCACGACCAGUCCCGAGUCAAAUCAAUCCAAUCCCAAGUCAACUCCGGCCGGUCCAAGAUCGACUACUCCCAAGCCGCCACCCUCCCGGCCAAGUCCGGCAGCUCCAUCGGCUCCCCCAACUACAUCGUCACCGUCGGGCUGGGCACGCCGAAGAAGGACUUCUCUCUGGUCUUCGACACCGGCAGCGACCUCACCUGGAUACAGUGCCAGCCGUGCGCCGGUUCCUGCUACAAACAGAAAGACCCCAUCUUCGAUCCUUCCCUCUCCAAAUCCUACAAAAACGUCACCUGCGACUCGUCCCAGUGCUCCCUGCUCACCUCCGCCACCGGGAACGAGCCCAUCUGCUCCAUCUCCACCUGCAUCUACGAUAUCCACUACGGCGACCGGUCCUUCUCCAUGGGGUACUUCGCCAGCGAGACGCUGACGCUAACGCCCACCGACGUAUUCCCCGGAUUCCUCUUCGGCUGCGGUGAAAAUAAUCGCGGACUUUUCAACGGCGCCGCCGGAUUGCUUGGCCUCGGCCGCGAUAAACUGUCGCUCAUCUCACAAACUGAAUCCAAGUACGGAAAAUACUUCUCCUACUGUCUUCCAUCCACCUCCAGCGGCACCGGCCACCUGACGUUCGGAAAAGGAGGAAUCUCCGGGAACCCAAAGUUCACAACUUUGUCCAUAAACCCUCAAGGCCCUUCGUUUUACUUCAUCACCAUUAUCGCCAUUAAAGUGGGCGGAAAGAUUCUACCCAUCUCCCAGUCGGUGUUCACGACCGCCGGCACGAUCAUCGACUCCGGCACCGUCAUCACCCGGCUGCCGCCGGGGGCCUAUACACCCCUCAAAACAGCUUUCCGGCAACAAAUGACGAAGUACCCAUUAACCGAUCCCGUGUCCAUUCUGGAUACGUGCUAUGAUCUGAGCAAUUACACCACCGUGACUGUCCCGAUCAUAAACUUCUAUUUCGCCGGAAACACCGAGGUUCCCCUGGACCUGUCUGGGAUUCUCUACUUCGCAAGUCCGUCUCAGGUUUGCUUGGCGUUCGCCGGGAACGGCGAUGCCUCAGACUUGGGGAUCUUCGGGAACGUUCAGCAGCGGACAUUGGAUGUUGUUUACGAUGUUGCAGGAGGGAAACUAGGGUUUGGACCAGGAGGGUGUUCUUAAGCAUGACAGAACUUUAAAUUGUUAGCUCUUGGGAUCAUGAAGGAAGGGAUUUAGGUCUCUGAUGGAAGGUAUAAGUCUCCAUAUGUGAAGGAAGAAGUGUUUCCAAAUGAUGAAUAAAAGGUAUAAUAUAUAUAGAUCGGAAAGAAAGAUCAAUUGUAUAAUAUGGUAUACAAUUGUGUUUCCAAAUAAUUAAUAAAA